CCUGCAUCUUUAACCAAUACUUCACUGAAUAAUAUUGAUGUAGAGUACAAUUAUUUAUCAGGUCAGCUCCCAUCAGAUAUUGUAGGAAACCUACCUGAACUAUUAUUCCUCCAUCUAUCAUAUAACAGAAUGGAAAGCCAUGAUCACAACACCAAUCUUGAGCCCUUUUUUACUGCCCUCAGAAAUUGCACUGGUUUACAGGACGUUGAAUUGGCUGGCAUGGACCUUGGAGGAAGAUUGCCUAUCUCGAUUGCUCAACCUAAUCUGUUCCAUCUACAGUUGCAAGAAAAUCACAUCUUUGGAUCAAUACCUUCUGCGGUAGGGAAUCUUUCACGUCUUAUGGACUUGAAUUUGACAUCUAAUCUUCUAAACGGAACAAUUCCAGAAGAGGUCAGCCAGAUGUCCAGAUUGGAACAGCUCUUUUUAUCGCACAAUUUUUUCAGCACCACAAUUCCAGCAGCAUUAGGGAAACUACCUCAUCUGGGUCUGCUUGAUCUAUCAAACAAUCAAUUCUCGGGUGAAAUUCCAGCUGGCCUAGGGAACCUGGUUCAGCUCAAUUAUUUAUUUCUCAACAACAACCUCCUCUCAGGAACAAUACCCCCAACAAUAGGACAGUGCAGAGAACUCUACAAGUUGGAUUUGUCAUACAAUAACUUAACGGGGGAAAUCCCUCCAGAAAUCUUGGGCUUGCACGAGAUCAGAAUAUUUCUAAAUUUAUCACACAACCAUCUUGAAGGGCCAUUGCCUAUUGAGCUCAGCAAGCUUGAAAAUGUUCAAGAAAUAGAUCUGUCAUCAAACAACCUCCAAGGAAAUAUCUUCCCCCAGAUAUCUGGCUGCAUUGCAGUGACUUUGAUAAAUUUCUCCCACAAUUCUCUUCAAGGACAACUUCCAGAUUCACUAGGUGAUCUGAGGAACCUUGAAUCCUUUGAUGUUUCAAGAAACAACAUCUCCGGAGUGAUACCAAAAAGCCUCAGCAAAAGUAACACCCUCAGAUUCCUCAAUCUUUCUUGUAACAACUUUGAAGGAAGAAUUCCCUCAGGCGGCAUCUUCAAUUCGUCCACAAAUAUGUCUUUCUUAGGCAAUAAGCAUCUAUGUGGAGCACCUUCUAAUACACCCAUUUGCUCCCGAAGGAGACACUGGUUUCAUUCCCGAAUCUUCUUGAUCAUAUUCGUUAUAAUCAUAUUCGUAACAGGAUUCGUAUCAACAAUACUUUGUGCGAUCGGACUCCGCCAACUUAAAGCAAUGGUGUCCUCAAGAAGAACUGUGCACGAGGGAAAGCCAACGGAACCUGAAAUAGCGCACAACUUCCCAAGAAUUACUUACAGAGAACUGUCAGAGGCCACCGGAGGGUUUGAUGAGCAGAGACUAAUUGGGACAGGUAGCUAUGGACGUGUCUAUAAAGGAGUUCUUCACGAUGGAACAACCAUUGCGGUGAAGGUGUUAACUUUGCAGUCUGGAAAUUCAACCAAGAGUUUCAGCAGAGAAUGCCAGGUUUUGAAGAGGAUACGGCACAGGAACCUUAUGAGGAUUGUAACAGCAUGCAGUCUACCUGAUUUUAAGGCUCUGGUUCUUCCUUUUAUGGCUAAUGGAAGCUUGGACAGCCGUCUCUAUCCACAUUCUGAGUCAGGAUUGACUUCAGGCUCUUCAGAUUUGAGUCUAAUUCAGAGGGUUAACAUUUGCAGUGAUAUUGCUGAGGGGAUGGCCUAUCUGCAUCACCACUCACCAGUUAGAGUCAUACAUUGUGACCUGAAGCCAAGCAAUGUUCUUCUCAAUGAUGACAUGACGGCUCUGGUUUCUGAUUUUGGGAUUGCAAGGCUAGUUAUGACAGCAGGUGGCGGAAAUGCAGGGGUUGUUGAGAACAUGGGAAAUUCUACUGCUAAUAUGUUGAGUGGAACAAUUGGAUACAUCGCCCCAGAGUAUGCAUUUGGAUCAAACACAUCUAUAAAAGGAGAUGUAUACAGCUUUGGAACUCUAGUUCUUGAGAUAGUCACAAGAAAAAGACCAACAGAUGACAUGUUCGUUGGUAAUUUAACCCUGCACAAAUGGGUAAAGAAUCACUACCAUGGAAGGGUAGAAAAAGUGGUUGACUCUUCUCUGAUCAGAGCUUCAAAUAAUGAGUCCCCGGAGGUGAAGAAAAUGUGGGAAAUUGCAAUUGGGGAAUUGAUUGAAUUGGGUAUUCUCUGCACACAGGAGUCCCCCUCUACCAGGCCAACCAUGCUUGAUGCCGCUGAUGACCUGGAUCGCCUCAAAAGGUACCUUGAUGGGGACACUACAGCAACAUUUGCUUCAUCCCUUGGAAUUUCUUCUUCUAAUCUAGAUGAUGACUAACAGCUUAUAAUUUUCUUCUGCAUAAAAUUAUCAUUGGUUU